UUUCAGAUAUCAGGAAAGCGGAUUGGCAUAGUUGGACUCGGAAGCAUUGGCAUGGAAGUUGCUAAGAGACUCGAAUGUUUUGGUUGCACCAUCUUAUACCACUCAAAGCAUAAAAAAUCUGCAGUUUCAUACCCUUUCUAUAACAGUGUUAUUGACCUUGCUGCUACUAGCAAUGCACUUGUUCUCUGUUGUGCACUGAAUGAGGAAACAAGGCACAUAGUAAACAGGGAAGUGAUGUUGGCAUUGGGAAAAGAAGGGUUCAUUGUGAAUGUUGGGAGAGGAUCUCUUAUUGAUGAGAAGCAAUUGGUGAAGUUUUUGAUGGAUGGUGAAAUUGGUGGUGCUGCUUUGGAUGUGUUUGAAGAUGAACCUAAUGUUCCUAAAGAGCUACUCAGUAUGGAUAAUGUGGUUUUGACUCCACAUUGUGCUGCUUUUACUUCUGAAUGUAUAAUCAAAUUGUGUGAACUUGUGGCUGGGAAUAUAGAAGCCUCGUUAUCAGAUAAGCCCUUAAUUACUCAGGUGAAAUGGUGAAUGUUGGUUGAAGUGAAAUGUUACAAAUUUGUCUUAUCCCCUGCAAUGAUUCUUGUAUAUCAUAAAGUUGUGAAGUUUUGAACUCACCCUCACACACAAGAUUAUGUUGUUCAUAGAUUAUCCAUACACGAAUCAUUCAGGAAAGAUGGUAUGGUUUUCUACUGUAUCUCCUAAUUCGAUAGGUCAAUGAUUCAUUUGUUGCA